GCCUGAAGUUUGUCCUCGCUGGCUUUCCAUCCCUCAGACAGCUCGGCUUCAGAGCCACAAACAGGGAGGAAUUUCCAUCAACACGACCGGAGCCGUGAGUCUCACUGAGGUCUCUGUAUCGCAUUUCCACUUCUGAUUAAAACACAAACACACACGUGGAGUAACACAGUUCAGCCGGUGUCGAUAAAUCAACAACUUUACUUGAGAUAUUCAACAAGUAGGACUGCUCUCUCAGCAGCUCGAACAAAAGUUGUUCCAGCUUCUUCCUGUGGAGUGCGUUUGCAGUGCGAACCCUACUCCUUCAGGCACCUGGGCUUUGAGCAGAACGUGUUUCUGUGGCCAUGAGGAAUCAUGGCGGAGCUGGAGGUGGAUCAGUCUAACCUGCCGCCGGUUCAGGAGGUGUCCCAGUAUUUCUCAGUGCUGGAGGAUGGAGCAUUGGCACAUAACCUACAGGAGCAAGAAAUUGAACAGUACUACAAUUCCAAUGUACAGAGGAACCAACUUGUUCGGAAAGACAUCUCUGUAGCCAAGAGGCUGCAAAAUGAGGAGCAACAAAGAGCUCAAGUGCUUCAUGAGCAAGCCACUCGUCAACUGGAAGAGCUGGACUCAGAGUAUGCCCAAAGGAUUCAAGAGGAGAUCCAGCGUGCUGCUGAAGAACAGAGGAAAAGGGAAGAAGAAGAUGAGGAAAUAGCAAAACAAAUACAGGAAGAGGAAGAGCGAUACAUCAGACAGAGGAGCAGCUGCCAGAGGACUGAUGCUAGAGAGAACGGCAGCACCGUCAGGUCACCAAACACACUUCAGCCUAAUCGGCCCCUCUCCAGUGAAGAGGAUGAGUUGGUCUGGCAGGGCCGGGCGCGCUCUCCCUCUCCUUCCACCUCAGACUAUGACGCUGACCACUGUGAACACAGGAGGCCUUUAAAUAGGGAAUAUGCAGACAAUGCUGAGCAGAGACAUCAGCCAGUGCGUGAGUUGCCUCUCAGGAGACGAUCGGGACAAAGUCGCAGUAGCUUUGCCAGCCAGAGCAGCACAUCCGGGCAUCUUUUGGGAGGAUGGGGAGACGUUGUCCAGCUCAUAAAGAAUGACCUGAGUGAGCAGGGCUAUCUCAGUUACAGUUCUGAAGACGAACUCUUUGAGCCUGUCUAUAAACUGGAAAGAAUCCUGAGCCAGCGCCAGCAGGCGUCGGAUCGGCGUGGUGUGCAAGGGGCAAGAGUGUCUCGUCACAGCAGUAUGAGAGAGGGAAACAGCCGAACAUGGCAGGGAGUGGGCCAGAUGGAAAGAGGUAGGCACUCAGUGUGCAAGGACAGCGAAAGUGUUAGAUCAGAGAGACUUUACAGCAAUAGUGACUGGAAAUCAGGGGAUGGACAAAGACGUGUACGCUUUCAGGAUGAACAGAAGCGUCAUAACUUUCACAUUAACGGUCACAGAGCACUUGAGGAAAACCAUGCUGGGAAAAGGGAACUAAGAAGCUGUACUGUGAGACCCUAUCAAGGUGAUGUUCAGGUAGAGAGAAGAACAUCACUGGGUAAAGUAAACAGACCUUACAGACAUGAGUGGAGUAAUGGAGUGAGGAAUUCCAUGUCACAGGAGAUAAGGGAGGAAGAGGAAGAUUGUGGAAGGCUCAGAAAAGGAGGAAGGUGGGAGGGGGGCAGCUGCAGGGUUCGAGCAGAGCACAGGCCACGUGCACACUCUCUCAGGGAGGAGAGGAGGCAGGAGGGGAGAGAGAGCAGGCGGUACCGUGGAGAACCUAGCAGGAGACGCGUGAGGAGUGAGCGAUGGCAGGGUAAUCAGGAGGACAGGUCGAGUACUGAAGAAGAAGAGGUGGACAGGGAAAGGGAGAGAAGAAGGGUGGAGACCCAAGCGCCAAGGCACCUCCAGCGCAGCCUCAGUGCCUCUCGCAGAGGGCGCUCUCCUGGAGCAGGACCGAGGGUAAACAGGCCCUCUCUGGAUUUGGGUGAACUUAGGCAGGUCCUACAGGAUGAAGAACUCGCCCGCAGGCUACAGGCAGAGGAAGAGGAGUUGCUCAGAGGGGGACUUGCAUCUGCUUCUCCUUUAGAGAGAUCUUACCCAAAAGGAGACUUCACAGUAGCACAGGUUGCUCAGGAUGAGGAGAUUGCUCGCUUCAUGCAGAAGCAAGAGGUAAAGGCUCAGCUGCGGUCUCGAGAGCUAGAAGAUUGUGGCUCUGGGCGAGGGUACAAAGAAAUGAGUCAUGUGUAUGAUGGCGCCGAGGCCUAUGAUGGACAGAUGCCGAGAGAGAGACUGAACUCAGAGGGGCUUAUGUCUCCUGGUGAUGAGUGCUUUCCAGAACACCAACCCCCAAGUCCAGUCACUUUGGAAGUGCUGCAGCAUCCCUUCAGGAAUAUCGCUGAGGAACUGGAUCCAACCUUUCAAAGGAAAGAGAACGUGCAAGCACUACACAGUAUUUCUGGCACCGGCCAAAUCCAGACGACGACGCAGGCAUGCUCAAGUGAAGAGCCCACGUUUGUGGCACCAACUAAGCGGCAUAAUGACAAGACCGUACGUGCGAAGUCCAAGGAGAAAAAGGAGAACUCUAAAUCAAAAGAGAACUGUAAACAGCAGUGAUGCCAGUUACCUGGUGCUGUUAGUUGUGUUAUUACUGAACACACCGACAAGGACAGUUGAACACUCCAACAGAUAAUAUGCAGGGGCAAUAUCACAGUGAUUCAUUUUACUUUCUUUUUUUUUUACUUUUACUUUUGCUUUCCUUGAAAGGGUUGGGGCAAGGUUACUCUUCAGAUAUUGCCACCGUCAGUAUGACAAAAAGGGCUACUUACCUUUUGUCUCUAGGGGUACUGGGAAUAAACCAGUCUGCUUUAGUGUCAUUCAUGUUUUCGUUUUUAGCACAUUAUGCAGCUGGUGAAGGCACUGAUAUAGGCCCUAGGGCUCUGAGUGUCUGGGAAAUCAGACACAACAUUUUUCUGAAUUCACACUACAUACAUUUUCAGUGUAGCAAAAAUAAAACUAGAAAUUAAAAUGCUAUUGCAAACGAAAUUGUUGAUCCAGCUCCGUCUCAGCCGUGUUAUCAGUUCCCCUUGUGCUUCCUGUCUGUCUUGAUCUACACUGUAAAUGCAGCUUAGUCUACAUUUUUGGUUCCGUCUGACGUUUGAACUGAUAUAUGGUGUAGUAUGUACACUACUGUUUGAUAAGGUUGCCCUUUUAUUGUGCUCCUGUCGCACUAUACCACCUGUAACCCUCAUCAAAUAUCGUUCGGUGUAGGAAUAGCGAACUGUUUUUCAAUCAUGUUACUGCCUGGAGCUGUUUGGUGAAUCAUGGACCGCUACACUAAGUUAUUAAAAAACACACACAUAUAUAUAUAUAUAUAUAAAGAAUUUGUGCUUUUUUUAAUUCAUUGUUGACUUUUGGUCUACAGUAAACCAUUUUACUUUCAAA